GUGGUGGGCAAGUUCUACAGAUCUACUACUCAAUCACCGAGGUUCCAACACAACUCUGAUCUACAGGCUGCAAUUCUAACUGCUCAAUGUUCACCAGAGUGGAUUUGGACUGCUCCUUUUGGCCGGUGCGGAGGUGCUGGUGGGGUGUGCCGAAGACCUUCAGCGAAGACCUGGAGCCUGAGGCCUCCUGCAGGCAGCAUGGAGGAGGUCAUUGGGCAGAUUGCUUGCCGUUUGCCGGAGCUAGCCGAGGCAAUUGAUGUGAAGAGAUGUGAGGUCGAAUUCAGCCCAGGGAGAACUGCCAAGAGGCCCUUCCAAUGUUGGCCAAGCACAGCGCCGGAAGCAACCUGGGCGGAGGACUUUCCUGCCAACGAAGAGUGGGCAUAUUGUCUUGGGAUUGCUCUUGUUGUUCUGGGCAUCCCGCAACACGGCAGUUAUGCAAACAACGUUACACAUAUCGCAGGGAAACAGAGCAGUUCACUUUUGCUCGAGUCAUGCCGGCGAGGCGGCUCGGGCGACCGCGCGGAGGCGCCGGGCCCCGGCGCCCGGCGGAGCCUGACGCCGCGGGGCGGCGCUGGACCGCCCCUACGGCUUCUCCGAAUUUGCUUGAAUGAGCGUGUGCUUGGAGGGGUGGAGGUCAAUGAAGCCUCCACACUGGCAGAUGUUCGACAAAGUAUCCAGGAAGAUGAGAUACCCGGAGUUCCGAGCAGCGCCUGGGCCAAAUCCCGGGCGAUCCGUGCGGCGGUUUGGGGGCGGUUGGAUGGUACAAGCUACGCCUUCCUCUUCGGUGGUGCGCCGGUGACGCUGCGGCAAGAGAGCCGCCGUCGGGCGGUGGAGUGCUUCCCAUUCCUCAGCCUCAUCCCAGAGGAUGCUCCUGUGCCGCUUGCAGGCUCUUUGUCCAGUCUGCCGAGCCUGCAGGGUGCUCCAUUGGAGGUUGAGACGAGUUCGAGGGUGGAGGAAGCUGAUUCAGGUCAUCGACUCGAGCUGCAGAUCACCGACGGGCCCUUGGAGGGCACCUUCCUCACCGUGGGCGAGGAGGGCGCUCGGGUUGGACGGCACACCUCCAAUACACUAGUGAUCCCGGAGGCGGGUAUCAGUCGCUUUCACUGCGAGAUCACGUUCAUGGACGGAGAGUUCAACCUGAAAGACUUGGGCUCGACCACUGGGACCUUCUUCUAUUUGCGGCCCCAUGGCCACUUUCAGAUCUUCCCCGGUCUCAUGGUGAAGCUUGGGGAGACCGAGAUGCAGGUCCUGGCGCAAAGCUCCGCCGAGCCGUCGCUCACGGUGCUCUUCACGGAAGGCCCCUUGGCCGGCCACAAGGUGACGAUCCCGCCGGGCGGCAUCACCAUUGGCCGGGUGGCCGACAACUCCUUGGUGCUGGUACAAGACGGCACGGUGAGCGCACACCAUGCGAUGAUCUUCCUGGAGCAGGGUAGCUUCUACAUCACAGACUUGGGCAGCUGCAAUGGCACGUGCCUGCGUUUGAGCGGGGAACGCCAGGAAAGCAGCUGGCAUCCCAUCAUGGACGGCGAUGUCGUGGGCGCGGGCUGCACCAAGAUUCGCUGUAAGCUCCGAACGCCCGAGAGCCGGUGA